AUGCCACAUAAGUUGAAGGAUCCCGAAAAUUUCUCUAUCCCUUGUGCUAUUAAUAUGAUGCAAUUUGAUAAUGCAUUAUGUGACUUAGGAGCUAGUGUUAGACUUAUGCCAUAUUCGGUCUAUCAAAGACUAGAGCUAGGGGAACUUUUACCUUCCAAGAUUACAUUGCAAUUAUCCGAUAGCUCGAUCAAGAUCCCAAAAGGUAAGGUAGAAGAUGUUCCCUUGAGGGUGGGGAAAUUUGUCAUUCCGGUAGAUUUUGUUGUAUUGGAUAUGGAUGAAGAUGCUACUAUCCCUAUCAUCUUAGGUUGA